GUGUUUGACGUGUUGACGUUCUGCCGGCAAAUUUGCUCUCAGCGUGCAAUAAAAAUUUAAUCUUCACACAAAAUCGCGAAGAAGUUGAAAAAAGAACCGUCGAAAUGGUAGAGCAUAAGAUCCAAGAGAUCAGCGAGGAUGAAGCUACACUCUACGAUCGCCAAAUCCGGCUCUGGGGUCUUGAUUCUCAAAAACGUUUACGAGCUGCCCGAGUUUUGGUCGUGGGUGCCCGAGGUCUGGGCGCCGAGGUGGCCAAGAACCUGAUUCUGUCCGGUGUAAAGGCGCUGACCCUGAUGGACCACGAACCUGUCAACCCUGACGACCUGGAGUCUCAAUUUUUCGUGUCCGAAUCUGUAGUCGGCGCGAAUAGGGCUGUUAGUUCGCUGGAAAGGGCUCGGCCGCUCAACCCCAUGGUGGAUGUGCAAGCCAGGGUCAACACCAUCGACGGAGAGCCUGACGAGUUCUUCACCAAGUUUGAGGUAGUGGUGGCCCUCGGCUGCCUGAAGAAACACAACCAGAGGCUCGACCAGAUUUGCAGACUGAACAACAUCAAGUUCUUUGCCGGGGACGUCUUCGGCUUUUAUGGAUUCAUGUUUGCAGACCUGUUGCUGCAUGAGUUUUCAAUCGAGACAAAAAUAAAUGUGAAAGGAGCACCUCCUGUGAGCCAAAUGAUAAAGGACACAGCUACUUUUGCUCCUUACCAAGACUUCAUUGACGCUGAUUGGAAGUCAGGUGACCAAGCCAAGAAACUUAAAAAGAUGAGCAAUGGCUACUUUUUGAUGAGAGUGAUCCAGGCUUUCAGGGAAAAGGAGCAAAGGUAUCCUAACAGGUCCUCAGAAGACCUGGAAACCCUGACUGCUAUCAGAGAUUCUCUCUUGCCAGAAUUAGGUGUAGAUCCUGCCAAGCUUCCUUCUGAGAUAUUUUGCGACGUUGUCGGUCAGCUGGGAGCGUCUUGUGCCAUCGUUGGUGGCAUUAUGGCUCAGGAGGUGAUCAAGGCCAUCAGCUUCAAAGACAAACCCCUCAACAAUUCCUUCUUCUUUGAGCCCGAGAGCUGCUCUGGUAAGGUUGAAAGCAUCGGAUACUAAUUUUUUUACGAAAUCACUAAAUUAAAAGUUUGUAAAUAAGAUCAAUAAAACCAGAGGAAACAUUCUGUAA